UACCAGAUUAGACAGUAAUCCCACACUCACAAUGUGCAUGCGCAAACUGAAGUGCGUGAGACGGACGAGGGACGGUUCGGUGUUAAUACAAACAACAAACUGCGUUCACUCUCUAAAUCUCGUGCACGGGAAGUGGCGAUGAUGAAUUAUACGAGCUCCUAAGGACUUAGAGGCCCCCCUGUUCCUCUGCACAACACACCAAUCUGAACAGUGUCAAAAAACUGACCUGGUGCUUUCCUCGCUCCAAAUACUGUACAUUUAAUCAAAGCCCGACAUUCACAACAUCCUUAUUAAGGAUGCAAGGGUGCACAUAAUGCUGUUUCCUCUUUGGGCUGGAUGUAUACCCAUAGCCUACUAGCUCAUGGGCAGCAAGUGCUCAUUUGACAUGUCAGAGUCUGUAUCAGUGACAGCAUGUCUAAAUGUGAGCUGAUUGAGCUGAAAGACCUCAGUGUAAAUGAUUCCAUUGAGCUGGCUGCUCCUGCGGCCCGCACAGCCCCACCACCUGUAAACCCGGGUCAACCAAGCCACUUCCAUGUGGUCCGUCUAGUCGGAGACAGCGUCUGCAUCGAGGCAACGCAGUGCCAGAUCGAAGAGGCUGGAGUGGGUCAUGACUUCCAGCCGUACAGUCACACCCAUCUCACCUGGUGUGACCUGUGUGGAGAAUUCAUCUGGGGACUUUAUAAGCAAAGUUUACGCUGCGCCAACUGCAGUUACACCUGUCACUACCGCUGCCGACCAUUCAUCCAGCUGGACUGCAGCACAGAUAAUUUGUUAAUAAACAAGGAAGAUUUCUCUAUCGACUCCCUUGAGACAGACACAAAUGUGGACGAACAGAUCGAUUGGGGUAACCGGGAGUUGACUGUUAGUGAGAUUCAACAGAAGGUUAAGGAAUAUAAUGCACAGAUCAACAGCAAUCUCUACAUGAUGGUUCAUAAAGACGGGUCCUACACUGGUUUCAUCAAGGUUCACUUUCAGUUAGUCCGUCCAAUCUCCCUCCCUCCCCCUCAGAGCCUGUGCUUAACACAGGAGGAAGAUCAACAGAGGGACAGAGGGAUGAAACGGCGGACAUCUUUCUACCUCCCAAAAGAUGCUGCCAAACACCUGCAUAUAAGCUCCCAAACUCGCGUGCGAGAAGUCAUCGAGGCAUUGCUUAACAAGUUCACCGUGGUGGACAACCCGGCCAAGUUUGCCCUGUUUGAACGCGCUGAGAGACAAAGUCAAGUGUACAUGCGUAAACUGCCGGAUGAUGAGUGCCCUCUCUACCUGCGCUUGUGUGCUGGCCCCAGUGAAAAAGUCUUGAGUCUGGUUUUGAAAGAGAAUGAGACGGGGGAAGUAAAUUGGGAUGCAUUUAGUUUUCCUGAGUUGUGCAACUUUUUGCGAAUCCUGAAGCGUGAGGAAGAAGAGCAUGUGCGGCAGAUUGUGAAGCGCUACGCUCUUGCUAGAGACACGAUGAAGCAGGCCAUGGCGAGGAUUACUACUCCUGGUUGACUUUGAGGAAUUCAACUGAUCGUCAUAUUUUGAGAUGAUGAAGAGAUUUCUGCAAGUUUGAAUACUAUUGUUGAUUAGCAAUGUAAAAGGGAAGGAAAGAGCUCAGACAAUGACAUAUACAAGGCUUACUGUAGGCCUGUUGAUUGUGUGCAAGCAGAGCACUGGUGGGAGAAGUAAGAGAUUAUCUUGGACGUAAUUGAAUGCAGUUCUUUCUUUAAAAAACAAUGCUGCUUUACUGGAUUAUUUAUAGUGGUAAUAACUUUUAGUCUUUCUGGGCAUUUAUCUUAUUUAGUUUCAUUUAUAUUCUGUGAAGCUGUUUUACAUUUUUUGACCCUUUAAUGAACCUGUAAAUUGGAUUUUCUGCAAGUUAAAAUGUGAAACUUGUUUACAGUCUAACUAUUUAAUAAACUGAUGAU